UUUUGUCUCUCCGCUGCCUGGUCAGAGAAGUUUGGAGUCAACGAAGAACGACGGAAUGCGAAUGUUCACCGCACUCGUUAAUUUAUACAUUUAUAUUAAUAACGGUCGAUUAAAGGUUGGCUUGUUUGGCAAGCUCGGUAUUUGCGGCAGCCGGGGCCGAUUGCUCCCCUGAUCCGUUGAUCGUCGUGUCAGAUUUAAUCUUGUUUACGUGUUUUUGCUUUAGCAGGAGAGCUAACGACGUUAGCCAGCUAGUUUAGCUAGCGAUCCACUGCCCAAGCGUUAGCUCUCAACGCCAGCCGCCGUCUGUGACGAAAUGGCGGCCAACACGACCCAAGCGAACCCAACAACAAACUGGUCCUACGGUGCAGCGUCAGAGGGCCACAUUCACGAGAACCCAGAAUGGGAGAAGGCAAGACAAGCACUCGCGUCUAUUAACAAGAGCCAGAGCUCUGCUAAGGCGGCACAAGCCAACCGGACAGCCGCGGCAGAGGCCGGCCAGUUUCAGCCAGUGGUGACUGACUCUGCUGCAAUUCAGCAACAGCAGCAGCAACCGUACUAUCCGUGGUAUCAACAAACUCAGCAAUACCCUGGAUACACGUACCCCUAUAAUUACUACUACCCCAUGAAUCCAUAUGGAGCAGCAUAUCCAUCAAAUCAGUAUGGUGCACCCCAAGGGCCUUACCCGGGAACUCCCCCCUCUAACGGACAGCCUCCUCCAGUGCCGGGAAUGGAAGACCAGUCCACUGGCUACCAGUCUCAAUCACAACCUCCCCCCCCUGCCACUCCCCAGGCCCCCCAGAGCCCGACCACCUCAGAGAACCCCCCUCCGCCCCCACAGAUCCCUCCCCCACCCAACUCCCAGUACCCCCCAUCUCCAUCACAAAAUGCCUACAGCGCAAAUAACUCCAUGCAAUACCCUCCCAGUGACUCCAACCAAAUGCCAGUCUACAAUCAUUCCCAGGGAAGGAACAACUAUGGACAGGGCUUCCAGCCACAGAACAACUAUCAGACCUCUCAGAACGCCUCGCAGCAGCAGGGCCAGUAUGUGCCAGGGCUUGGCAGAGGAGAGGCCAACAAAAACAAAAACCAGAAACAAGGACAGCAACUUUGGCACCGCAUGAAACAGGCCCCUGGAGCGGCUUCAGUCAAGUUCAAUAUUCACAAGAGGCCCUAUUCGGUUCAGGGGGCUCCAAUGUCAAAUCAGGCUUUCCCGCCAGGCGAGCAGCCGCAGCAGCAGUCAGGAAUGAAUCCAGCUCCUUCCUCACCUUCCGAUUCUGCCAGUCCUGCACCCGGAGGGGCUCAGACGCGGCCCCAGGACUGGCCGCAAGCCAUGAAGGAAUAUGUGCAGCGCUGUUUUACAGCCUGUGAGACGGAAGAAGACAAAGAUCGUACCGAGAAGGUGCUAAAGGAGGUGCUGCAGGACCGGCUGAAGGAUGGCUCUGCUUACACUAUUGAUUGGACUCGUGAACCACUGCCAGAACUCAAGAUGAAGCCAUCGCGUUGGGAAGCCGUUCAGUCCCAGAGGACCUUGGAUGGUUCAGUUAGCCACGGUGGAGGUGCGUUAGCUGCAUCUUCCAGAGGCAGGGGUACUGCACACAGAUUGGGCCACUACCGGAAUAUAUUUUCACAGAGGAGUCCAUCUUCGAGUUCCUCCCGCUCCUCCUCUCGCUCUCCGUCCCCGUCCCACGGCCGUCACAGAGACCGCAGCAACCAGAGGCACAAGCGCAGUGAUUCUGGCUCACAGUCAGACAGCAGCAUCUCCAGCGACCUCCGACCUCAGUUGUCACGUCGAAGUCAGAGAGGCGCGCGUGGCCGUGGUAAUGACAGGGAUAGAGGUCGAGGGGAGCGCGGCCGGGGAAGAGGAGGAAAAUCCAACAGAGGAAGGAGAAACAUGGACGACUCCAACGCAGCCGUUGGAAAGAAGAGGAAAGGUGGCAAUGCUGGUCUGGAUUUCCAUGACCCCAACAGAGAAGCCAAGAAGCAGAGCCGAGCAGCUCGUUUCCACAAGCAGCUCCGCUCGGAGCCCCUGGUUCUCUCCAUCAAUUCCCUGGACUUGCCUGACGGAACGCAGGAAGGCCUCAGUUGGGAGGACUGUCCCAUCGUGGGAACAUGCCAGGACAUCACCAAGUCCUAUCUGAGGCUCACCUGUGCCCCGGACCCCUCCACCGUGCGCCCGGUGCAUGUCCUGAGAAAAUCUUUGCAGAUUGUGAAAGUCCACUGGAAGACCCACCAGGACUACACCUACGCCUGUGAACAGAUGAAGUCCAUACGACAGGAUCUCACGGUCCAAGGAGUUCGUACCGAGUUCACAGUGGAAGUGUACGAGUGUCACGCACGCAUUGCCCUGGAAAAGGGGGACCACGAAGAGUUCAACCAGUGCCAGACCCAGCUGAAGGCCCUGUACAAGGACAACCCCUCAGAAAACCUCGGAGAGUUUACAGCAUAUAGAUUAAUGUAUUACAUCUUCACUAAGAACUCUGGAGAUCUGACCACCGAGUUGGUCUACUUGACCCCAGCGCUGCGGGCAGAUAGUUGUGUGGCUCAUGCCCUCGCCCUCCGUGCUGCCUGGGCAUUGGGAAACUAUCGCCGCUUCUUCAAGCUGUACCAGGAAGCCCCUCGUAUGGCUUCGUACCUAAUUGACAAGUUUGUAGAGAGGGAAAGAAAGAUUGCACUUCGGGCCAUAGUUAAAACGUUCAGGCCUGACUUGCCAGUGCAGUAUGUGCAGUCCAAUCUGGGCUUCCCUUGUUUAGACUCCUGUAUGGCCUUCCUUACUGGGCUAGGUGUCUCCUUCUACCCUUGUGACCCCCAUAAGAUAGACUGCAAAGCCAGCUCAGCCGCUUUGGCUGCUUGCUGAUGGGGGGGGUUGGAGGGGAGUAGUGCCAAUAAGGGAGCCGCUAAGGGGUCGUCACGGAUCCUCACACAUUCACUGUACUGCACUUCAGACACCAUAGCCUGUUCAGAGAGGGUAGUUUGGAAACUAACAACUGUAGAAGACCCUUGUAGAACGACACGUGCCAGCUUCAGAUUUCAGAUGCAACUUCUGACACUCGGAUAAAAUUUCACUCAAAUAUUGUAGGUUAGCCUGAUGCCCGAGUUCUCUCACCACAUUGGUCAGGACAGUUUAGAUGUGGGAUUAGCAUGUAGUCUCAGCAUUUCGAGGCCCAGAAGUCACAGAACCAGAUCAUUGAGGCCCCUCCCCCGACCUCAUGGUCUCUUCCUUAACCGCCAUCAGAUGUCAAAGCUAACAGUGUUCUGUUAUGUUUUUUCCUUCCUCAAGUCAACAGCGCCAAGAUCUGAAGAUUCAAGCCUCCUCUACUGAACGCGAAAUACAAAGCGCUGUUCCUCAAGUCACUUAUCCAGCUCUCUCCUGUUUGACAACAAGCCAACUUUACAUAUGCCCCUUAGAGACUGUGAGCCAACGUGCUGAGAAGAUUCCAGCAGUUUGCCUGAAGGAGGAAGAAGGUGAAGAGGAGGUGGUGGUUUGUAUAUUCUGUCCUACGCCUGGUUCCCUGGAGGUGUCUGCAUAUAGCUGUGCCUCUUCUGCCUCGUACGGAAAGCAAAUGGCCUUUUUUAAUGGAGCGAUGGACUGAAGUCUCAGGUCUGCUUCCUGAUUUCAUGAAGCGGUAUCCAUUCGCCGGUCAAAUUCAUGAAAUAAUUGGCCAUUUCUGGGGGGGGGGGAGAAGUCUCAACCUGACGAGCAUUGACUUUUUGCGCAAUAAAGAAUAUAGGCCAGUGUUCUUCAUCAAGGUGACCUCCUCACUCCUCCCGUCGCGUCCGAGCCGAGGCUCCUCCGUCUCCAGAGUCCAAGCGACCAGAGGCACCGAGGGAAUCCGCCUCCCAUCGUCCCCCCGGUCACGAGUCCCGGCUGCGCCCGGAAUCCAGCCGACCCCGCCUGCUCUCCGCGUUGUCCGUCUCCACUUCACCAGCUGUUUAGCCAAAGAAACAAUGGCAGCUAAUCUGCCAUCUCUAAAUACAGCGGGAGGUGAAGUCGGGGAGCGUCUGCGCACCGGCGACAAGGAAUACCAAUGAGUGGUUUGUAUGCUGCACCCGGCUGGUAAGCGAAAGGGACUUCUCUGGAAGGAGGUGGAUGGCGGCACAGCAGAGAUGCUGCCUCACACUACUUCUGUGUUAAAUGUGAUGCGUCUCGUGCAGUAUUUGCCUCGUAAAACGAUUUAUAUCUGCAGGUUGAUAUUAGACUGGUGAAUUGAGUAGAAAUCCAUUUGACAAUAUCCCCAAAGUGGCGACACCGGAAUUUACUGCACAUAUACUUGUGCAGUCUGAAUAUCGUAUGUUAUAGAAUUUGAAAUUAGUUAAUGACAUUAAUGACAUUAAUGUUAUAAAGAGGGCCGUUAAAGUCGAAUGAAGACAAGUGUUUUAACAUCCAUUUCACAGUAGUAGUGACAAAAAAUGCAAUUUUAGACUGUUUACGCAUUACGUUAACUUCUCUGACAAUUGUUCUACUGUCCACCAUGAUCUAUAAUUUGAAUCCUUAUUUAAGACAAUUGUGCAGAAAUUGAAAACACAGAUUGAUAUCAUUCCUUUUUUAUAUAUAUAUAUACACACAAACGGUGUUACCACUGUAGAAACAUUGAGCUGGGGGUAUUUAGGAAUCCCCUGAACGCGAGUGUGCAGGCUGGACAAGUUAAAUGUUUAUUGCAAAGAAUAUAUUUGUAAAUAUUGUAUCAUACUGCUGUGAUUUCUUUUCAAUUAGGGAGUUAGGGUGAGUUUUUUUUUUUUUUUUUUUUUUACACACGGGUAAGUGUGAAAUAUAUAUUUAUUUUUUUUCUGGGUUUUGCAAAACUCAUGUGAAAAGUAAAGUUCAACGCAGACCGGUCCGGGUUAGAUUGUGUUCUAUGUCUUCAUCAUCAUCAUCAUCAGAGUGGAUUUAUUGAUUUUUUUUUUUGCCAGUACAGCAUGAAAAUAUUUGCAGUGGCAGGGGAUAUUGUGCACAAUUUCAAAGUGGUAAAAGAAAUAUGGUUGUUAAAUGGUCCCAUUGGACGCAAAGUGUUGGCAGAUUGUCCCAUGCAAAACCCACACACACAUCAAUAGAUAUGUAUCCAUAUAGAUACAUCUCUGACAAUAGGAGCACUGUUGCCACACACAUCAUUUUAACACCUUCCAUAAAGGGAUAAGUCAGCAUCAUGCUGACGAAAUACGCAUACUAACCUGACUGUCAUUUUGUUAGAGAAACUGUUCUGUUGUUCCAGCAAUCAUUUUGUAACGACAAAAACCUCAACAUGUUUUCUUUCUUUCCCCUUCAUGCACCUGGUCCCCUGUCUUCUCUGCUCUUCCCUCCCCUCAGUCCCCAAACCUUUUCUCUCACACGCCACCAGAGCUCUGGUUCCUCGGCUCGCAGCACUGCAGCUCUGCAGGAGCGAGACGAUAAGCGGGCGACCCGCCUCCAGACGCCAGCCGGAGAGGGUGAAUUGUGAGCGAUCCCAAGUCUUGGUUUGACCGGCUCACUUUGAAGCCUCUCAGCUGAUGAAAUACAUGGGAGCCUUCCACCAUGAAAUGUGGAAAAUGUUGAUGUUGCUGCUAACCCAAAUAUUAGAAAUGUCUGUGUGAUGUGAUACUUUAAUUGAUAAUAAUUGAUGUGUGAUUAUUGACAAAGUCCUCCUGUGCUGGUUUCUGUGUGUUCAGAUGCAUUUAUACUUUUGGAAAUUUCCCUUCAGCCGUUCGCUGCAAAAAUGUCACUUAAGAUUAUUAUUAUUUUUUUUAAUCCUUUUUUCAAUAUUUGGGAUUAAUUUGGCCGGUGUUUGUUUUGAUGGACAGAAAAGCUAGAGUUAGUUAGUCACAGUCAACCGUAUAUUUGAUCGAAAAUGUGUCUGGGCAUACAGAAAACGUUGACCUCAAAAUUCACCAACAUCUUAGUUUCUUUUUUUAAUAUCCUUAGUCGUCUUUAGGCAAAGUUUCUUAUGUGACCAGUGCUGCGGCCGCUCCCAUUCUAAGAGAUGACCUGUUUAGUUUCCUAUGUAAAUUUGCCUAAUCGAUGGUUGUCUGUUGCCUUUUGGUUUGCGUCCAUGUAAGACUCGUACACACCUGGUUGACGUGUGUGCAUCUGUCUCAGGUCUUCAGCAUUGAUACAGCCAUGGAUAUUCCCCUCACAUUUUAUUGUUUUAUUUCUUAGAUCCACCCACGAUGACUAACAAUGCAACUUUUUCAUUUUGGAUGUUUGGUUUUUCCUCUCCGAUGCCUGAGUCAUGUUUUCAGUAUUUUAUUUGCUCCCAUGUUGCUGUGUACCUCCCAUCAGUCUUUGUAGCUCCUUCCUCGAUAUUUACUGGUAGAACUCCUCAUGUCCCGCCCCUCUGCCGUGUUCAUUACCCGUCAUUCAAAUUAGCCUCUUCUCUGUUCUCACUUUCUCUCAUUUACCUUCCCCGCAUGCUGUCCUUUUCUGCGCUCUCCUACAACCCUCUAACCAGUAUUUGUUCUUCAUUCUUCUCUUUUCCUCUUGUGUUGAGUAUGUUUGUGGCUGUUUGCCGUGUGCAAUGAGUCACUCUCGCUAGUAAGUAUUAAACAGCGUCUGAACGGCUUGAGUAGUUUAUGUUGCUCACUAACAAACUAAAGCUGAAGGUUUAUCUGCAAUGCCUCCUCCCUAUCUACAGAUCCGACCCGAUAAACUGCCAUUUUGUAAAUACUGUGUGUGCGUGUGUAUAUAUAUAUUUUUUGAAAAAAUCUAAUAAACUUGAAGUACAAAGUGCA